AUGAGUUCUAGGUUCCCCCUCCGCUUCGAUGCGUACGAUGGAUCUGCUGUGCUGCAUAAGAUCCGGGAACAGGUGCUUACAGAAACCUCAAGUAUAUUUUAUCCUACGAUUUACGGUAGGUCAUUGGUUAUCAAGAGCACAGAAAAGACUGGUUUGUUCAAAGGGAACAUGGAUGUAUGA